CCCGCCGUGUCUGGAGAGAGGAGGCGGUGCUGGAGGCCCGGCCCCUCCGCCGCAGCCCAGCGUCCCUGUCCCUCACAGAGGCCGGGAGAAGCCGUCUGUGGUACCGUACCUGGGCUGCUGUUGGCGGCCUGUCCUGGUUUGAGUGACAUGGGGCUAAUUCAGCUUCUAAUGCCGGGGAAAACGGCACUUUUAGAAAACUCUGGUGUCUGAAUUUGUGAAUAUACUUACUCUGUAACCACCUCUGGGGUGUGGGUUUCAAGGUCUCGGUGUUUUUGAGCUCCCCGGGUGUGGGAAUGAGGAGGAGUGAGGCCCAGGCCCCUCACCCAAGCUGCCAACGGGGUUAUUUCAUACCAUGGAUGGGAUAUUCAAUGUCAAUUAGAAAGUUUGCUGAGUUUUCUCUCUCCCUUGAUGGCUGCAAUCCUGAGAACUCCUUGCCCUGGUGCUGGACCCCGAGCCCUUCCCACCAAAGCUAUAGCACUCACGGUGUCCCAAAUCUAAUGCUUUAUUAAUGUUAAUUAACAAGUCUUAUUCUAUUCAAUCUGCUUCUGUUUCAAACUUCAGGUUUUCUUGGUUUUCCCCUGAUUCCCCUUCCUGGGUGGGGAGGGGUCAUCAGGUGAUAGAAUAAUUGCCUUAAUGACAAUAAAUUGCUGUGGGUUCCUCAAACCACAGCACCACCUCAGCCCAUUUCCAGUCUGUUUUGUUUCAAGGUAUGAAAUAAUGGCAUCAAAACCCUGAUCUGAGCUCCAAAGGGCUUGUACCCCUGAGGACUGAUACACCCAGGGCCGGGUUGUUGACAAUCUUGGUGAAUUUGGAUGGAGAUGACACCCCUGUAGAUGAGGGAUGUGUGUUAAGGUGACUGCCCUCGGGAGAGACUCCGCUUCCAGAAAGGCCCCGAAGUCGCUGAGCCCUGAGCAGGCAACGGUAUGAAUUCAGGCCAGGACAGCUUUCCUGAGGAUUGAGAAAAACACAAGUGACAAAGUCAAAUUUGCUUUCAGUUAUUAAGCACAGCAUAAUGAGAACUGAUAAUUAAACAUUUAGUAAUUUUACUUAGAUGUGCAGAUUUAGGCUGGGAUUGGAUCGGUGCCACCUCUUUGUCCUUUCGUACUGAAAUGUUACCUUACUCGUGGGUUUCUCAAAGAUUUCAAACUUUAUUCCUGACUCUUUUUCACAGGUGGCAGUAGAGGGUUUCAGUGGAGCCUGUAAAUUAAAACUGUUUUAUGGUGAAGACCAGAAAAGCCUUUCCUGCUCUUCUGGGGUAUCACACUGAUAACCAGAGCCCACACAAGACACAGGACGCUAACGGAAAGAACUCCCAGGGGUACACGAGUGUGUAACGUGGCUCGUGAGGCAGAACUUUUCAUCUUGGAUGCAGAGAACCUGAAGUCAGUUGUUGGCUUUACUGGUCUGGCGUGUGACAUUGAGCAAGUUCAUCUCAAUAUGUUCUUUCUCCACUGUUAACAGGAUGAUGGCAUCACGAGGGCUUUUGAGAUCUACUGGUGAAAAUUGCUGUACUCAUCGCUGUGACCAAAAGAUUAUUUAGGUCCUGCACUUGCUACCCAGAGAAGCCUCAGGAGCGGGGUCUGUGUGCCUUCAGCAGGAGUCACGGCCGGGGGAAGAAGAGAACUCUCCAUAGGCUUAAAACUCAAUGCAGGAGGAAGGAGAAUAAGCUGAGGCCGGAGGAAUCGGAGGAGCCGGAGGAGAUGGGUUAUCCAUAACUUUGAGUUGUGCUUCAUGAAGAAGGAAAGGGGGCUAACGACUCGCCUGAAAGGGUGAGUUACCAUCAAACCAAGGGAGAAUUUCGAUCUUCACGCCACCACAAGAAAGGGACGCUAUAAAAGCUGGUUCUGCUCCGGGCUGCUCUCCUGCUUUGUCUGUACUUUUCUGGCCUUAGUGGGUGAUGUCCCAGCAGCUCUAACGCUCCAGCCCCAGUAACCCAUAGUCAACAGGCGGGAGCAUUUGCAGAAAUCAUGGAUGACUAUGAUAUCAGGUCCGCUGCCAGCAUUUUAGCCUCCGUUAAGGAGCAGGAGGCUCGUUUCGAGCGGCUCACCCGGGCGCUGGAGGAGGAGCGGCGCAAUGUCUCCCUGCAGCUGGAGCGUGCCCACCCGCCCGCCGACCGCCUCAGCAUCUGCAACAUUGGCAACGGGCAACCACUGGCCACUGCCUGGCAGCAGCUGGUCCUGCAGAUGAAGGACGUAGCUUGUACUUCUGACUCCUAUGUGCAUGAACAAAGCCCCAGUAACCAGACAUCAAUAGCAAUGAUGCAAGAGCCUCAAGAAAUGGUGGAAGAGACAGUUACUGUGGAGGAAGACCCAGGCACUCCCACUUCCCAUGUCUCUAUUGUCACUUCUGAAGAUGGAACCACCAGGAGAACUGAAACCAAGGUUACCAAAAUGGUCAAAACGGUGACCACCAGAACGGUGCGUCAGGUGCCCCUUGGGCCCGAUGGCCUGCCCUCCAUGGACGGCUCGUCCCCCAUGGGCAGCUACACGGAUUCGAUAGACAGAAGGUACAUGAAGAACGGGGAGCGGUACAUCACACCACAGGCAUCGUCCACCUUAACCAGAUCUUACAACAGCUACAACGACUCCUACCCUGAAAGCCACGAGGGCCAGUAUCGCCCGUACGUGGGUCACGAUGGCUAUGGAGAUCUGUCUGAUAACUACGGCAGCUUGUCUCGUGGUGUCAACUACCGUCCUCGCUACGCCUACGUGCCAGGAAACAGCUACCGGCCGGACGAUGGCAGCUUCACCUUGCCCAGCAGAAGGGAUAACUACGGGCCCGUUGCCCAGCCUCAGGUGCCAGUGGGCAGCAGCGUCGACCUGAACCGCUCCCAGCCGGAACGUUUCCAGCCGGAGCCCUACGGACUGGAAGAUGAUAACCGCAGCCUUGGAGUAGAUGAUGAAGGGUACGAACUGGAUCCCGAUUACUCCACUGUGAACCGGAGGACAUCUGCGGGUGUGCCAGAGAGAGGAAGACCUCACAAAGGAAGGGGCUACGAUGACCCCAUCGAGACAGAGAUGGUUGAAGAGAGGAUACCUUACCUUCACGGUGGCUACGCGGCGCCGCUGGCCCAGCCGGAGCGAGGGAGCAUGGCCAGCAUCGACCGGCUGGGCAAGCGCUCCCCCUCCAUUGACAGCAUCCGUAAGGACCCCAGGUGGAGGGACCCCGACCUCCCCGAAGUCAUUGCCAUGCUCAGCCACCCCAUCGACCCGGUCAAGUCCAACGCCGCGGCCUACCUGCAGCACUUGUGCUACGAGAAUGAUAAAAUCAAAAAGGACGUGAGGCACCUUAAAGGGAUACCCAUCCUGGUGGGUCUGCUUGAUCAUCCAAAGCCAGAGGUCCAUCGCAAAGCCUGCGGGGCUCUCAGAAACAUCUCCUACGGGAAGGAUAACGAAAACAAGGUGGCUAUAAAGAACUGUGAUGGGAUCCCAGCGUUGAUCAGGCUGUUGAGAAAAACAAACGACAUGGAAGUCAGAGAGCUAAUUACAGGCACUCUGUGGAACUUGUCCUCCUACGAGCCCCUGAAGAUGGUGAUCAUCAACCACGGUCUGCAGACGCUCACCAACGAGGUGAUCAUCCCCCAUUCCGGCUGGGAGAGUGAGCCCAAUGAGGACUCGAAGCCUCGUGAUGCUGAGUGGACAACUGUCUUCAAGAACACUUCUGGUUGCUUACGGAACGUGAGCUCGGAUGGCGCGGAAGCGCGGAGAAGACUCCGAGAGUGCGAUGGGCUGGUGGAUGCCCUCCUGCACGCCCUGCAGUCUGCUGUUGGCAAGAAGGACACAGACAAUAAGUCUGUGGAGAACUGUGUGUGCAUCAUGCGGAACCUUUCCUACCAUGUCCACAAAGAGGUCCCUGGGGCGGAUAAGUACCAAGAGCAAGAUGCCAGUCAGACCACGGGCACGGGAGGCUCUCAGAAGAAGAAGAAGGAUGAUGCUGGUUGUUUUGGUGGAAAAAAAGCUAAAGAGGAGUGGUUCAAUCAAGGAAAGAAGAAUGGAGACUUGGACAGGAAUUUUGAUACACUCGAUUUGCCUAAGCGGUCUGAAGCAGCAAAAGGCUUUGAGUUACUGUACCAGCCAGAUGUGGUCCGACUGUACCUCUCCAUCCUCACCGAAAGCCAGAACUUCAACACUCUGGAAGCAGCAGCAGGGGCUUUGCAGAACCUCAGUGCUGGCAACUGGACGUGGUCCACGUACAUCCGUGCAACGGUGCGGAAGGAGAGAGGCUUACCCGUGCUGGUGGAGCUGCUCCAGUCCGACUCGGACAAGGUUGUGAGGGCUGUGUCGAUUGCCCUGAGAAACCUUUCCAUGGAUCGUCGCAAUAAAGAUCUCAUAGGUAGUUAUGCCAUGGGUGAGCUGGUAAGAAAUUUGCCCAGCAGGCAGCAGAGAUCUGCAAAGAACCUGGAAGAGGAUACGGUGGUUGCGGUGUUGAACACCAUCCAUGAAAUCAUCACUGACAGCUCGGAGAACGCCAGGUCUCUGAUCCAGACACAGGGCAUUCAGAAGCUGGUGGCGAUCAGCAAGUCAAGCCAGUCUCCCAGAGAAACAAAAGCAGCAUCUCACGUUCUUCAGAUGAUCUGGAGCUAUAAAGAGCUACGAAAUGCCUUGCAGAAGGAUGGGUGGAACAAAUCACACUUCCAGUCUGUUUCUGCAGCUCCAAAGGGCUCCAAAGGUACCUCUGGCAGGGCUGGCUACGACGACAGCACUUUGCCCCUGGUGGAUAAAAGUCAAGAUAACGAGAAGUCUGGGAGUCGUGAUAUGAUACCUAUGGAUGAACUUGGCCCAGACGGGUACUCCACCAUCGACCACCGGGACAAGGAGCGCAAGUACAAGAGCAGCGAUACCCCAGGGGACGCCUCGGAGAAAGAGCCUUUAAAAGGCUAGAGUCCAACCGCAUAUUUUUUUUAAUUGAGGGGGAAGAAACAAAACAUUGAAUCGACACAGAGGAUCUCAUCAGUCACCACUGCCAUUCGGAUUGGGAGGGCGUUGCCUCGCUCACCAGGCCACGGGUGCCGGGAGGGUGCGGGGAGACGCCCCCGGCGCGGGCCGUGGCCACCCCCCAGCACCAUGCCUUACAGCAGGACACUUGGCCUUGUGCCCCCCGCGUCCCGCAGGAACGGCCACCGCCUCCCCCUCCUCCCACCCCCGCCAGAAGGACGCAGCGAGGAGGGAGACCCGGGCCCCCGCCGCCUCCUCGGUGACUCCCGCCUGCGGACGGGGCCAGGUCUGAGAAGCGACGGUCGAGCGGCCGCCGAGGCGACAGCUUCACGAGGGAAAGAGACACUGCAGAGUAUUUGAAGUAAUACCGUAGGUGUAGCCAUGAAGAUAAUAGCACUUUUCUGGUUUGGGGCUCGUUGUUUUAUUUUUUUUUUUGUUUUGGGGGAUUUCUUUUGAACUGUGAAUCUAACAUUUUUUUUAAAGGCUUCUUGAGAAACGUUUAGGUUUUCUUUAUUAUUUCCACGGAAAGUGCAGGAAUGUUGAGUGGGUUUAUUGGAUUUCAACGAAGGGAGAAAAACAAAAACUAUUAAACGCUGGUCAAAUGAACUGGAGAGUGGAUGAGGAUGGCUGCGAGCUGUAUAAUCUGCUUUUAGAGUAAGCUAUAUCAAUCACGGCACUAUAUUAUUAUCGUUAUGAUCUGGUGUAUAAUACUUCUGCCUUUUGCAUUCUGUAAUGGCUCUGUUUUCAUUUCCACAUAUUGAAAAGCAGUUUAUUGAAGGUUUCCAUGUCCCUGGUUCAGAAAUCCAUGCUGAGGAGUGGAGCUGGCUGGCUCUUUAUGUUCUUGUUCUCAAAGAUUGCAAUAAGGAGCUUUUACAUCUUAAACGCAGCAGUGUCGCGUUGAUGAUGAUUAACAAUUUCUUUUGCCAUAGCUGUUAACACAUUGGAAGAAAAUAGGAGCUUUUUUGUAGGAUGUCUUAUUUUAAACAUGCUCUAAAUUUUAGAUGGGUCUGUUGUUGUGUUUCAUGGUAAAUUUAUCAUUGUUGGAUCCAUGUUUGCUUUGGGCUAUAGAUCCCGACGAAAAAUGCCACUAAAGGGAACUGGUUUGGCAUUUUUUUAAAUCAGCAUCAUGAUUUCUGUGCUCCUUUGGUUUUGUUUUGAGAUUAUGUAUUUCAUUUGGUGUGAAGAUCACCCGUGUGCAUCGCUUCUCCUCUCAGGUGCCAAGGCCUGCGUGUGUAAGGGGGAAUUUGUACCUCACGAGAACGUACUCUGCAAACACAGAACAAAAUGGCUUCAGGUCACUGAUUUUCUCCAGGCGUUGGUCACGCGAGGGCAGCAGAUGAGAAUAGGAAGCAAAUGCCUCACUAGUAGCAGCAGAGGACUUUUGCUGAUUUUAUUUGGUUGCCACUGUUCUUCGAUUGCCACGUUUCGUUUUAAACAAGCUCCUAAAAACGGUGUGACUGGAAAGCACAUUUUUGAAUCUAGCAAACAUCAUUUGCGGUUUUCAGUGCCUGCCGUUUCCUUUGUAAUUAAAAAGGGGAAAUAUCCAACAACCUCACCUCCCCAGAAAUAUUACUGUAAUAGUAAACAUCUAAAAUUUUUUGUAAAAAAAAUUUAAAAACUUUAAAAAAAAAGCAAGUACCAAGAGCUUUGUAUCUUCUUGAGUAUAUUAAAAAUUUGACAUGAAUACAUAUAUAUAAAUAAAAAAAUCUAUAUAUCUAUAUAUAUAUAUUGUUGUGCAGAGGAUAGGUUAACUAAACCAUGUAAAGUAGUUUGCAGGAGAGGGAAGCAUUUGUUGAUUCAGGGAAAAAGGCUGAUGCCAGAAGCUGUCAGUGGUUUGGAUGAUACAUCUGCUCCUUCGCACCCUCCCUUUCCCCCCCCCAUCCCCCCCCCACGCCAGGCGGUGGCUUCGGGAUCCCGGGGGAGGCGAAUUUACUCGGAGCAAAUUAAGAUAGCAAAGAUUUGGGGUUUUCGCCUGCGUGAGAGUCCUCUUGGGCCAAAGAUGCUGAGCGGGUCGAGGGAAGCCAAGAGGUAGAUCUGUGAUUCUCUGCAUUGGUGUCGGGGCAGCGUCUCUCUGUGUGUGACAUAAAGUGUGGCAACGGACCCAGACCCAUCGUCCGACUGUAUAUUCUAUCAAUGGUGCUCUUUUCAUACUUGUUCUGCCAAUACGCGGAGACCCUUUUAACCAAGCUACACAGAAGAGUUUUAUAUCACUUUUGGUUAUGUACUUGGUGUAUUCUUUUUGUAUAUGAAAGGAUUUUUUUAAAAACGUUCAGUAAUUAGCAAUGGAACCUGCUUUGUAGCUGAUUAGAACAGUGUAAGAGAAGGGCCGUGCUGUCAGUCUGUCCCUGAUCUACUUCAAACCACGUAUUUACCAAAGGAGUCUGAGCAAAAGUUCACUUAAAAUAAAGACCUGACUGUUGAAAGGAGUCUCUGCUAAGACUUUGUGAUUUAGUUAUUGUACAGGAAUCUCACAGCCAGUAAGAGGUGAACAGAGAGAACGGCAGGAAGGGGGAAGCGAAGUGACCGGGGGCAGUUCUGUCCCUGCCCCCCCUCCCAGAUCCCCGUGGCUCUCCAUGGGGCACCACGGGACACUCAAAUCUGGAUUGGAACCGGCUUUGGUCUCUGUCAUUGUUGGGCUGACAACCCCGAGGAGUGUUUAGGAAGUAAAUUCAUACCCUAUCCCGCUUUCCCCCCAAAUUCCAUUUGUAUUUGUGCUGCGUCCUGCGAUAUCGACCCCCGGGCAGGGCUGUGGCCUCGGCUGCUGGGGUCGGUGCAGAAAACUGUUCUUUGUUUUCCUGGGGUAAGUGUUGGUGGCAGCCAGCGAGGCUGUGAGCCAACAGCGUGGUGUAUUGCGAAAGAAAAGCAAAGGAUGGUGUAUCAAGAAGUCAAAUGCCAAGUCCCCGUGCCAAGACUUCCCCUGGGAAUGGCGUGUCCUGCCCCUGCCCUUCCCAUGCCUUACAGCAAGGAGGAUUUCCCGAGUGUGUAGCAAUAACCCAGCACUUACGUCAUUGUGGGGUUUUUGAUUUCUCACCGAACUGUUGUUGGGAUGCUGAGGAAGGAAGAAGGGUUGGGGGUGACUUGAACGUGAGGCCAUCGCCUUGUAGUAUCAGCCCCACCAGAUGGGGUCCAAAGCAAGGUACUUUGAACCACGCCUGGUGAUUAAUGUCUCUUUUAUCCAUGGCCAGGAGCGUGUGGUGGCACAUGUGCCCAUGCCUCUUCCCUCGCUGGCACGAGUGUGACUGGCUGCUCCGGCUGUUCUGGGAUGUGUGUGGAUGAACCUGUAAUUGUUGUGUUUUGGCAGCAGGGACUGUACGUAAAGAAGGGAAAGCGGCAGAGUGUGUGACUAAAGCUGCAGUAGGUCUGGAGUCUCCUGCUCGAAGGCAGGUGGUGUUUUUUAGGGCUCAGGUACGUGACCUCCUCUUUUCCUGUGAGCUCUGCUGUGAAAAUGGGAGGGAACCUGCCUGCAAAGGGCUGGGGUAGAAGAGAUUUCUACCUGCAGAGGUUUCUAGUGGGAGGGGUGGUUGUGGAAGGAAGUGAUGGUGUUGCAAGGCUCCUGCUAGAGAGAGGAGGAGGAAAUUUGAUGGCCCAGUGAGGGCUGAGAUAACACAGGGAGAGGGAGACUUCUGAUGGCAAGUAAUUACUGCAGAACUUUCUUCCCAGGGAGGCGCAUCUCCCAGGCUUUAAAAAAAACCCCUUGUGUGUCAAGACUCCCCUGGAGAAGCAUCAAGUUUGACUGUUGAGUGUGUGAGCAGUUGUUGUUGUGCUUACAGCGUCCCGGGCCGGUCUGUCUGUCUGUCUGCAGGAGCCGAGGAGGAGAGUGGAAGGGCAAAGCUUUUAGUUUCUGUCUUGGAAUUCAGGAGCAGUUCAGCCACAAGUUGAACUUGACAACUCAAGGUGUGUUGCCAGCUUGAAACGCUCCCCAGGGAACAGCUUGGGCAGCCGCGGGUCCUGGUCUUCAGUGUCUUCUGGGCAGAACCUGCCCAUCCCAGUCCUGCUCUCGGGAGCUCAGAUGUGCUGCUGCUGAACGUGGCUGUGUCGGGAAGGAACCCCGGGCUGUGUUGGUGAGACAUCACGCAGGGACUCACCUGGGGACGGAGCGGGCUCGCUGUGACACAGGGACACAGCAGGGGGUGCGUGCUUGUUACUGCAGAUGAGGAAGGUGUUGCCUGUUCCCAGAAGUUUUCAGUGGUGGUUUGGAGCGUGCGAGGGUUGUGCUGGGCAAUCCUGGAGUGGUUCUGUGAGCUGGAAGGUGAGUUCCCCUCCGUUCCUUGCCUUAAAGCUGCGCGCGUGGCUCGGCUGCCUGUGAGAGCUGUGCAUCUGACACCCUGGGAGGAAGCAAAGCUUCAGAAGCCCCGUGGGACAUCGGAGCAGUCCCUGCCUCCUCGCACCCGCGGCAGCACCCGGGGAGCCGGUACCUCCACAGUUCUCAAAGGUGUCGAAAUAGGCUUAGUUUCUUGCCAAAUUUCGUUGUUUUGAUGUCCCUAAAAUCUGGUGUUUCCUUAUCUGCGACGGAUCAAUUCUCAGACUGAUUGGUACAAUAACUAAUCUAGUGCAUUUAAGGGGAAGGUGUUAUGAACCUUUUUUUUUUUCCUGUCUUAAGUUUUCCAUUAGGGUAGGAUGUUCUGAACUCCGAGGCGAGGAGGAAGAUAGCGCAGAUACUACAAGGCCUGCCAAUCUGGUUCUUACUGUUCAGAGAAACAAAAUUAACUAGACUAAGAAGCUUACUGGUAAUUAGUAGCUAAUGUGUUUGUAACUAUCAUGUGCCUUAAAAUUUUCAUGGUAGGAGAACUAAAAAAAAAAAAAUCAACAAUGUGUUUUCUGUAAUACUGCUCAACAUUCUCUCUGUAGUUUAGACUGGUGGGAUUUUGCAUUGUAUUUACACUGUACUAUAAACUGAAACACUUGGAAUGGUUUGAUUUUACAAGUAUGGAGAGGAGAAAAAAAAAAAAAAAGGUGGAUUAUGCUUUUCAUAGAACAAAUGUUACCGUGACAGAAUGUAUUAUUAUUAUAGGAUCUUUCCAUAAUGCAGACAAGUAGAAUGCUUGUUAGAAACCAGGUAUGUAGGAUAACAAUUUGGUGUGUUUUCAAUAAACCAUGCCUGGAAAGAA